AGUUAUUUCCCUUUGAAGGAACUCUUUCAUGUUACUAAGCAUGGAUGCUGAAAAUGUGGAAGAGAAGGAAAAAGAAGAGGAAAUACUAAACAAACAAUCACCAGAGGAACUUCAAGCAGAAGCAGAAAAGCUAAAGAAUGCGGCAAACGAGUUUUUCAAAAAUUCAGACUAUGUUAAGGCAAUAGAAUUGUACAGCCAAGCUAUCGAAAAAUGGCCACGCAUAGCAGCAUACUAUGGAAACAGAAGCUUUGCUUACAUCAAAACAGAAAUGUUUGGUCUGGCUCUAACAGAUGCUACAAUGGCAUUACAGUUGGACAGAUCUUACAUAAAGGCUUACUACAGAAGGGCAUCAGCUAACAUGGCACUGGGGAAGUUCAAACUUGCAUUGAAAGAUUUUGAAGCUGUUGUUAAAGUGAAGCCAAGUGAUAAAGAUGCAAGGGCAAAGUUUAAUGAAUGUGGCAAAAUUGUUAAAAGAAUAGCCUUUGAGAAAGCUAUUGCAGUGGAAGAAAAGCCAGUGUCAGAAACUAUCGACUUGGAGUCAUUGACAAUAGAGGGAGAUUACUCAGGGCCAGUGUUAGAGAAUAACCAGGUUACACUUAAAUUUGUACAAGAUUUACUUGAUACAUUUAGAGACCAGAAGAAAUUACACAGUAGAUUUGCAUUCCAGAUAUUAUUGCAAAUAAAAGAUCUAUUUAAAAAUCAACCUUCACUGGUAGAUAUAGAUGUGCCAAAGGGACAAAAGUUUACUAUAUGUGGUGAUAUACAUGGGCAGUAUUAUGAUCUACUUAAUAUAUUUAAGUUAAAUGGUUUACCGUCUGUAGAUAAUCCUUAUUUAUUUAAUGGUGAUUUUGUAGACCGAGGGUCAUUCUCUGUAGAAUGUAUAUUUGUUUUAUUUAGUUUUAAGCUUUUGUAUCCAGAUAGUUUUUAUAUGGCCAGGGGGAAUCAUGAAAGUGCAACAAUGAACCAGAUGUACGGUUUUGAAGGAGAAGUCAAAUCAAAAUACAGCAGUAAAAUGGCUGACCUGUUUACUGAGAUAUUCAAUUUGCUGCCUUUAUGUCACUGUAUAAAUAAUAAAAUUUUGUUAAUGCAUGGAGGAUUGUUCAGGGAUGAAAAUGUAACAUUAGAUGAUUUACGGAAAGUAGAUCGUAACAGACAACCCCCAGAAAGUGGAGCAAUGUGUGAACUGUUAUGGUCUGAUCCCCAGAUGAUGUGUGGGACAAGUGACAGUAAAAGAGGGGUAGGGACCAUGUUUGGACCAGAUGUAACAAAGAAAUUUCUUCAGAAAAAUAAAUUAGACUAUAUUGUUAGGAGUCAUGAAGUGAAACAAGAGGGAUAUGAAGUCAUACAUGAUGGCAAAUGUAUAACAGUGUUCUCAGCUCCUAAUUACUGUGAUCAGAUGGGAAACAAAGGAGCCUUUAUCAAUAUCACCGGUGAUGACCUGACCCCCAAAUUCACAUCAUUUGAAGCAGUGCCACAUCCCAAUGUGAAACCCAUGGCCUAUGCAAACCCAUUAUUUGGAUUAUUUUGACAGAUGGAAGACUGUAGUGAUUCUCAGGAAACAUGAACAUUAUUUUAUCAUAUCUGUAUCAAAUACAGAGCAAAAUAUCACUGUC